AUGGAGUUUGUUAUGGACAUUCUUGAAGAGAUUGAAGAGUCUGAAAAAGGAGAGAAACAGAGCAUUUUAAAAUUAGCCUUAAAGGAAAACGAAUACAUGGUACAAUUCUGGAAAACAGUUAAGACGAAAGAAAGAAGUGAGCAAAUUCGUAAAUUUAUUCAAUUUGCGAAUUUAAUGUUUGAUGUC